AUGGAGAAAUUCUCAGCUUGGAGAGAUAAGGCGACUGGAAUCUCACCAUUUAUGCCACAACCAUUCCCAAUAUCACAAAAAAAAUCAAAUAAAACAUCAUUAUAUUUGCAACUUUUCCUAGUAAAGAUACCUAUUUUUUUAAUUAAAUUCCCAAUAUGUCUUAUAUUAAUUUCAUUAUACUAUAUAACAGGAUCAACUACAAUUUUGAAUAUUAUAUUUAAACUACUAUUUGGAUUUAAUGAAAUAACGUAUUCAGUUGAUGGAAUUAAAAAAUCACAAAUUUCAAAAUUAGAAAGCUAUAAACCUAUAAUUGGAGAUUUAAUAAUUUCAAAUUAUAUAUCACCAUUAGAUGGAUUUAUAUUUAGUUUAAUUAGUGGAACUUCCAAAAUUUCAAUUUUAAUACCUAAUAAAGAUGGAAAUUUAUUUGAAUAUUCUCCAUGGUCCUUAGUUAAUCAUUGUUUUGGCAAUAAAGAAAGCAAACAACCAAUUCAAGAACUUUCUAAAUUUAACAAAAAAAAAAUUGUAUUUUUAUUACUUGAAGGAACAACAUCAAAUAAUCAAUCAAUUUUACCAUUUAUAAAAUUAAAUUCAAAAUAUUCUUUUGAAAAUGAAUUUAAUAUUAAAUCAAUAGUGUUGAAGUUAACACCAAAUUAUUUUAAUUUACCAACUACCAUAGAAACAUCAAAAUUUACUUACUUAUUUGAAUUAUUAACUGAUUUUAAAAUUAAAUAUUUUAAAAUUAAAAUUUAUUCAUUUAAUCAAUUGAAUUUAAAUGAAAUUAGAAAAUCUUUUGAAUUAAAUUCUUUAGCUUUAAUUAAUAAUCCUGAAUUAAGUAUUGAUGGUAAAGAAAAAUUUAUAAAUUAUUAUUUAAAUCAUGAUAUUAAAAAAUAA